CCGAUUUUCGUGGUUCCUCCCCCUUUUCUGCGAUCGGUCAUGUUGGAAAAACGACCGAUUUUCGAUUCAAUGAUGCUCAAAUCGUACGAUCGUUUUUCCGAAUAGAAUAUGCGCAUGAGCCGUGACCUGGAAGGAACAGAAGUUUCGCCUGUUAUACGGGGUGAACUUUAUGACUCAGUCGGCCGAUAUUCAAAAUCAUUGAUGGCGCCGUCGGAUUACCGAGCAAACAAAGUUUUCAAUUUUUGGACGAAAAAUCGUUCGGCAUUCGAACCAUGUAUGGCCUUAAAAAAAAAGACAUAUAUGGUUUGUGAAUUUAUUUUUAAUUGCCAAAAAAAAGACAUAUAUGGUUUGUGAAUUUAUUUUAUUUAUUUUUAAUUGCAAAAAAAAAAAAAAAU